GACCAGCUAAUCCAUGAUCCAACGACUGUUACUCCUCCAGAUAGGUCACGCAUUCCCCAAAACCCAAACCCAAACCCACCCGUGAUUUCCUCUCAGAUCCUCUCCGCUUUCCACUCCGUCAUCACCACUACCACACUCUCUCUUUCUGGUAUCCCGGCGACGGCCAAAAUGAUACCGCCGGAGCUCCAACCGCGGUCAUUCCGCCCUUACAUCGCCUCCUCCAUCUCCUCUCCUUCCUUCUCCUCCUUCCCCACCGCCUCUCCUUAUUCCCCCAACUCUAACUUCCCUUCCCCUUCUACCUCCUCUUCUAGAUCUCGUUUCUCUGCUUCUUUUUUCGCUCACAACACUCGCAUCGCCCUCGCCCUCGCUCCCUGCGCUGCUUUCCUCCUUGACCUCGGUGGAGCUCCCGUAGUCGCAAUCCUAACCCUGGGUUUGAUGAUUGCUUACAUCAUCGACUCACUCAAUUUCAAAUCCGGUGCGUUUUUCUGUGUCUGGGCUUCCCUAAUUGCAGCUCAGAUCGCCUUCUUUUUUAGCUCCUCAUUGAUCUUCACUUUCAAUUCGAUUCCUCUUGGUUUGCUCGCUGCGUUCCUCUGUGCACAAACGAAUUUCUUAAUCGGGGCUUGGGCUUCACUUCAGUUCAAAUGGAUUCAAUUAGAAAACCCAACUAUCGUGCUCGCGCUUGAACGUUUGUUAUUCGCAUGUGUUCCUUUCGCUGCUUCUUCGAUAUUCACUUGGGCUACAAUCUCUGCUGUCGGUAUGCAAAAUGCUGCGUAUUAUCUGAUGAUUUUUAAUUGUGUCUUCUAUUGGAUGUUUGCAAUUCCGCGUGUUUCUUCAUUUAGAUCGAAACAAGAAGUGAAAUAUCAUGGUGGAGAGGUUCCUGAUGAUAAUUUUAUACUUAGUCCACUAGAGGGUUGUUUUCAUACCUUGAAUUUGCUCUUCUUUCCGUUGAUAUUUCAUGUUGCUUCGCAUUACUCGGUGAUUUUCUCGUCAGCUGCGUCUGUUUGUGAUUUGUUGCUGCUGUUUUUUAUUCCGUUCUUGUUUCAACUGUAUGCAUCUACGAGGGGUGCGCUUUGGUGGGUGACUAAGAAUGCGAAUCAGUUGCAUAGCAUUCGUGUCGUGAAUGGUGCUGUUGCAUUGAUUGUUGUCGUGAUUUGUUUGGAGGUUAGAGUUGUUUUCCAUUCCUUUGGAAGGUAUAUUCAGGUUCCUCCUCCGUUGAAUUAUCUGCUUGUGACCGUGACGAUGCUUGGAGGGGCUGCUGGUGCUGGUGCUUCUGCCCUUGGAAUGAUUUCUGAUGCAUUUAGUUACUGGUCUUUCACUGCUUUGGCUGUAACCGUCAGUUCUGCUGGAGCAAUUGUUGUGGGUUUUCCUCUACUGUUUCUUCCACUGCCCGCGAUUGCUGGAUUUGAAUUUGCUCGUUUUGUUACAAAGAAAAGUCUGUCAUCAUAUUUUUCCUUUGUUGUGCUUGGGAGCCUGAUAGUUACAUUGUUUGUGGUGCACAAUUUCUGGGAUCUAAAUAUUUGGAUGGCAGGCAUGUCCCUGAAAUCAUUCUGUAAACUUAUAAUCGCAAAUGUUGUUCUCGCCAUGGCUGUUCCAGGUUUAGCUCUUCUCCCACCAAAACUUCAUUUUUUAGCUGAGAUUUGUUUGAUCAGCCAUGCAUUGCUGUUGUGCCAUAUUGAGAAUCGUUUCUUCAAUUACCCGGGAUUUUACUACCAUGGAAUGGAGGAGGAUGUGAUGUAUCCAAGCUAUAUGGUUAUUCUGACAACCUUUCUGGGUUUGGCUCUGGUAAGAAGACUAUCCGUGGACCAUCGGAUUGGACCCAAGGCGGUUUGGAUUUUGACUUGCCUGUAUUCCUCAAAGCUGUCCAUGCUGUUUAUUUCAUCAAAGCCUGUUGUAUGGGUUUCAGCUGUACUUUUACUGGCUGUUACUCCCCCAUUGCUCCUUUACAAGGAGAAAUCACGAACAGGCUCAAAGAUGAAACCAUGGAAAGGUUAUGUACAUGGUGGUGUGGUUGUUCUAUCAGUCUGGCUCUUCCGUGAAACAAUUUUUGAAGCCCUUCAGUGGUGGAAUGGGAGGGCUCCAUCUGAUGGUUUGCUUUUGGGUUUCUGCAUUGCCUUGACCGGAUUGGCUUGUGUGCCCAUUGUAGCUUUGCAUUUCUCUCAUGCCCUGCCGGCUAAGAGAUGCCUAGUACUGGUGGUGGCAACAGGUUUACUGUUUAUCCUGAUGCAGCCACCAAUCCCACUAGCAUGGACUUAUCGAUCUGACAUAAUCAGCGCAGCUCGUCAAUCGUCUGAUGACAUUUCCAUCUAUGGCUUCAUGGCAUCAAAACCGACCUGGCCAUCAUGGUUGCUUAUUGUUGCAAUUCUGCUCACUCUAGCAGCGGUGACAUCCAUCAUACCCAUUAAGUACAUGGUAGAGCUGAGAACUUUUUUCUCCAUUGCAAUAGGGAUUGCUCUUGGAGUAUACAUUUCUGCUGAGUAUUUUCUUCAAGCUGCUGUUCUGCAUGCCCUCAUUGUUGUAACCAUGGUCUGCGCCUCUGUGUUUGUGGUCUUCACCCAUUUUCCAUCUGCUUCAAGCACAAAGCUGCUACCAUGGGUAUUUGCUUUAUUAGUAGCCCUCUUUCCUGUGACAUAUCUGUUGGAGGGUCAGUUGAGAAUCAAAAGCAUCCUUGGAGAUGAAGUUGGAGACCUGGCAGAGGAAGACAGGAAGCUCACUACUCUACUGGCUGUUGAGGGGGCAAGAACAUCACUUCUCGGUUUAUAUGCAGCAAUCUUCAUGCUCAUAGCACUGGAGAUUAAGUUUGAACUUGCCUCACUUAUGCGGGAAAAGUCUCUUGAAGGGGUUGGAAUUAGACAUGGUCAAUCUAGUCAAAGUAGUUCUUCAAAUUUUGCUCCACGAAUGAGGUUCAUGCAGCAACGGCGCGCCUCUACUGUGCCAACCUUUACAAUCAAGAGAAUGGUUGCUGAGGGAGCUUGGAUGCCCGCGGUUGGUAAUGUUGCUACUAUAAUGUGCUUUGCUAUAUGCCUGAUCUUGAACGUCAAUCUGACUGGGGGCUCAACCCAGGCAAUCUUCUUCCUGGCUCCUAUCCUGCUGCUUCUCAACCAGGACUCGGAUUUUGUCGCUGGUUUUGGGGACAAACAAAGGUAUUUCCCUGUUACCGUGGCCAUAUCGGCCUACUUGGUCUUGACAGCCCUCUACAGCAUAUGGGAAGAUACAUGGCAUGGUAAUGGUGGUUGGAGCCUUGAAAUUGGUGGCCCUGAUUGGUUCUUUGCAGUCAAGAAUUUAGCCAUCCUCAUUCUUACGUUUCCCAGCCAUAUACUCUUCAACCGGUUUGUUUGGAGUAACACGAAGCAGACGGACUCGUCACCAUUGAUCACGCUUCCCCUUAAUCUGCCAUCCAUUAUAAUAUCAGAUGUUAUUAAGAUCAGGAUAUUGGGAUGCUUAGGGAUUAUUUAUACCAUAGCCCAGACCAUUAUUUCUAGACAGCAAUAUAUCUCAGGGAUGAAGUAUAUUUAGACAACAAAUACACACUACUGUACAAUACAACAUGUUUCGGCAAUUUUCAAGUGAGUUGUGAAUGUUCAAAGUUUGAUUCGCACUUCUUUUCA